AUGGCCAAACAAAACUUUAUAGGGCUUGUUGUUUCCCAAGGGAAAAUGAGUAAGACCGUUAAGGUCAGAGUGCAAACCAAAACAUACAACAAGAAGAUUCACAAGGAAGUGUUGAAGAGAAAAGAUUAUUUAGUGCAUGAUCAAGGAGAGAUCUGUAGAGAAGGAGAUAUUGUACGGAUAGAAUCUAUUCCCAAGAUAUCGGCCAGAAAGUACUUUGCUAUUGCAGAGAUCAAGGUUAAUAAGGGUCAACAAUUUGCAAGAUAUGAACAAGAAGCUAAGGAAAGAUUAGCUGACAGAGAACAGAGUAUUUUACAAGAAUUUUUGGACAGAAAGGAUAGAACCGAUAACAUUAUAGUUCAAGUGGAAGACUUGAGAAAGUUGGAUCAAAUAUCACAUAAUUUCCAGUCUGGAACCGUUACCCCUGAAGGUAAGGAAGAAUUGAUAGCCCAAAUUGAGGAAAUCAAGGCCAAAUAUUCCAUCAAAUCAUGGCCCACUACAGAACCUGUGUUAUCUUUGGAAGUAAGUGAAACAGAGAAGGAUUUAGGAGUCAUUGAAAACAGAGCGAAGAACAUUAAAAUCAUUUUGGAUAAGUUAUUGAAUGAAGAAGGUUACUCCCAAGAACGUACAAAGAUAUUAACACUGUUAAGCAAGAGACCGGUUUCGGAGAUUCCAGCUUUCACUCAAAAAAAUUUGUUGAGAAAAUAUAUCUUAAACCCUGAGAAUGAGUGUCCUGUUACUUUGUAA